UGCCGUGUCCGGGUGCUUCUUCGAGUCGCCUGGGUGCCGCCUGCGUCGAUACUUUCAGUAUCAUCAUCUGUUCGGAUUCAGUUUGGGCAUUUCGCAUUCCGGCACAGAUAUACAGCGUAGAGACCUGACAAAUUCCCGGGUUCAUUUCGUGUCAUGCUAAAAUUCAAAUAAUUAUACCUUAGUGCUGCUUCUGCCAUUGGUUCACUGUUAAUCUUGGAGGACUGGGGGGCCAAUUAGAGACCCUCACUCAUAGAAGUGCCGAAUCACAGGCCACCCAGUCGAGACGACUCGCAAGUCAGCAGCCAAUGUACAGGUGGCAUUUGCCCGAGUGUGUAGAGGAUAUCGUAGUCUAUCCUGGAGGUCAUUGAACUCGCGAAUUUUUCCGGUAUUUAUAUAUAGGCAAAAACUAGCCGAGGAGGUAAAUUCAAAUACAAGCUACGUUCGUUGAACGAAGAAACGGGGAAAUACAAAUUCGCGGCAUUCUCGGGAUUAACAUUUCUGUUAUUUGUUAUUUGAGAAGUUCUACAACACUGUCCUUGUCUCGUUGUUGGUCGGACUGAGGUUAUUCCAGUACGUCUCGUUGGCGCUGGCCUGCGCGAGUGACCCGCUCUGUUCUCGCGAGGCAGCUGAUGGGACACGAGGCGUGCACGGCAGACAGUCGCUGCCCAGUGACCCGCUCUGUCGCCGCCAGGACAGCGACGACUGCGCGCGAAGUGGGGCUGACCUCAGCUGUGAUGUGCCGGUGACUCGCCGCUGCUUUGGUUCCGGGAUUGUCUCGUUGGCUCAAAAUCUUCCGAGGGCGUCCGUCGUAUAACUGUGAGGUAGGCCCCCGCGUGCAUUUGAAGCUACAGCGUAUCGCAAAAUCACUCCUGUAGCCAGCUGGUAGAUAUAUGCUAACUGAUAAACUGCAAAGUUAUUUUACUUUUAAAUACUUUUAAAAAAAUACAAUAACUUCUUAAUUAUUUUAUGGUUAGAAGAUAUAUAUAUAUAUAUAUACUAUAGUUAUUUUCACAGUGAUCACGAACGCGCUACGACUAUUGAAGAUAGUGUUUUACUGAGGAUAAAUUUACUGUUCGUGAGUUUUGGAUCCACGAUUCUCCGGUUUGUGACUGUGAUCGUCGAAGGCUGAUCGCUGACCGGCGACAGUCACGUCGAACACAGACGAGGCCUGCUCUGGUAGGCCGUGCAGGAUGCCCAGGAGCGAGGCUAGGUGACGUCACGAGACGUACAAGGACACGCCGCGGGCGUCACGCAGUCCCGCCACACGCCACACGCCACACGCCACACGCCACACGCCACAGUCCUGUGCCCGUCAGGGCGGGGAACCGGCGGACCGUCGAGGUUUGGCCACUGCUCACGGCGCAACAGAUAUACUGAACUCUACCACAAUAACACAUUUGGCAAACUUUCCAGUUAAAAAAGUUAUAUAAUUUAAAAUUGAUGUUCUUAUGUUUGAUCACAAACGGAAAAUUAUCGAAACACCGAAUGAAAAAAAAAAUAUGUUUGUUGUUGAUACUAAAAAAACCAUGUGUGAUACAAAUUGACCGGCCUGUUUUUUACGUGUUUUUUUUUUUAAAUGGCCAUCGCUGUGUAAAGGUUGGGCACCCUGAAACUCGCCAGAACACCCGGAGGUUCGCAACUGCUACAGCCUGUGAGCUGGUAGUCGCUGCCCGAGCGGCCCACAGUCGCGUGCUCGCAAGGUCCACUCUGCAGCGCUGCUGUCAGCGCCGUUAUCGCGAGGCGCUCGCGUGUUAUCGGCGCUGUCCGCCGGUGCCUCAGCGGGUCACGCCCCUCUCUCUCAGCAGUUGGCACGCGUGCUGGCUGCUUCUCCCCGCAGACAGGGGACGCCCCAGGCGUAAGGUUCAGUUCCAAGAACCUGAGGUUGUCUCACGCCCUGAUGGGCAUUGAGCAGGGCCAUGUAUUUUUCGCGAGGGAAAAAAAAAAUCUGAUCGCCUCACUAGACUGCAGUAAGGUAUGCCCGCGCUAGCUGCAGUUCCCUUGUGAUGGUCUGCCGUCUGCAAGAGAGGACAUUGCCCCGUUUGACCGGGCCGUUCAGGACGCGUUUGCACAGUGUGCACAGUAGACACGUAACUGAGAAAUAAACCCAGCCCACCACGAAACACUGACAUUGCUAAAAUGUUGGUGUGAAAAUCUUUUCGCGAAAAAUAGACGGCUCUAGCUUUAGAGUCCUCGAAAACCAGCGACGAAAGAAAGACCGGAGUCCGCUACCUGUCACGAAGUCAGCAGCCAAGGAACACACUGCAGUAACUAAAGCUGCUAAAGGACUGUGGAGUCUAGCCUAAAGGUCAUUGAACAUACACUAGGAACUCGCGGACUGAGUCGGGAGUAAACACACUUGAAUACUGACGAUUGGCCCGCAGUUCUCUCGGUACGCCCUGAACAAACCUGAGCCAGGAAUGGACACGGAGAAACACUGUAACGAUGCGACCCAGCCCAAAGGAUGAAAAAUCUCUGUUACGGUGGCGGUCAAUGCUCGUACGAAAAAGUUACUAAAUUAGAGACCGGAAAAUUACGCCGUUUCGUUUCUCUGUAGGCUGAAAUACAAACACUUAUACCUUUGGACUGGUUCUGUAACUAGCCCAUAUUUCAACGUGGAGGACUCUGAGCCAAUGGGAAAUCUUUGACCAAAGAAGUAUCGAAUCACAAACAAUCCAGUUGCGGACAUCGCUCAGGUGAGCAGCCAAUGAACACGUGACUUUUGCCCGAAUAUUCAGAGGACUGUCGAGUCCAUCCUAGUGGUCAUUGAACUCUCGAUUUUCUCACGUGCCUUUAAAUAGUAGCUUGACUAGUUUUAUGACAGUUGCGUCUCGCCUGGAGAGGAAACUACUCGCAGAGAAGUCGUUCUACUCGGUGCUGCGCAGUUGCUUAUCUGGGUCUCAGGUUCCUAGAGAAUCACUUUUUUGCAGGGAAAGUAUGAAAUAACGAAAGGCAUUUAUUACAUCACUCGGCUUCUGUGCCAAGGUUGUCAGGCUGACGUGUUGCCGUCUGUCCUCCAGUGAAGCAAGGUAGACGACGAACAUACGGCGCGAUAGUUGUGAGUUAUGCGCGUAGAAGCGACACUGCCUUGCCUGCUCCAGCUAGUAUCGCCCUUAGCGAUGUGCCUCACACACACAAACCUGCGGCAGGGGAGCGACUGCGUGCUGUGAAAGUUGCGAUAUCGACCCUUUUUUGUAAUCUUGGUGACUGCUAUCGAAGUGGUUUUUAAUGAUAGCUGCUACAAUCAACACUUUUGUAUGCGCACAGUUGUUGGGAUGGCAUUGUGUUGUGUGCGGACGCCGUAUUACAUUUCCAAGAUAGCUAACACUUUCUCUUCUGCUGUGGUUUUUUUUUUCUUGGUUGUUGCCCUUCUGCCCAUUAUCGAAGCUUCAAUACGUUUUAACUCUGUAAGCUGGCUGGAAAAAUAAACGAGCGAUCUUGGUAUAAUGAUCGAAAAUAUAUGGCUCCCCGCUAAGAGAUGCUUACAGGGAGGCCACCUGAUAGUUCCGGGAAUCGGUGAUGAAUGAAAAAACAGUGUUGCCACAUCUACGACGUGUAGCAACAACAAGCUGACAAUCUUACAUUCGCCUCUUUCAGACGACAUUGUGUUGCAUUGAUUUAUGAUUGUCAAUUGAGCAUCGCUGAAAACACAAAAAGGAAAUAAUUUCAAUGUGACAGCAAUAAUAUUUACGUACCGCGAAAAUAAUUUUGAGUUACUACAUUUGUGGAGUCAAUUUAAAUACUAGUUAGACUUUAUCACACAUUUUCGUGCUCCUGUGAUACUGAAAACAUUGUUUUGAUUCUGAAUGUGGUUAAUGUGAAAUUAUGGGUGUUAAUUAAUUUGAAAAUUUAGUUUAGCCACAUAUAUGAUCGCAAAUUAUUAUUGUAAACGUAGUAACCACAGUCUACGAAAUAUAUAAAUUAGAUAGCUGUAGAGCAUUCAAGCGAUUAAAAAUACCAAGUCUUCUAAAUGUUCCAACUGACAAGAUAUUAGAUACAUUUUUUUUGUAUGACCUAUUGAUCGAAAGAAAACACGUUCAAAUUUUUUGAAAGCGUUCACAUUGUCUGUAAUUCGCUGUAAAACAGGGAUCGCAGUGCUGGUUAAGCAUUUCAGAAUCGAUCACAUCGGAGACGUCGCAGAAAUGUUUCGUUCUACGUAUCGGUAGCUUGUAUUACAAACUGGUCGUUGCUAUUUCGUACAGCACCCAGUCGGCACCCAUGCGUUUCGGACGGCGCCCGCUGUUGUCUGUUAAAGUUUCUUUCACAAAGAUUUUUUUUCGGACGAUGUUUUCUCCUGUAUUAAGUUUUUGUUCCGUGUGCUUCGCGCGCCAGUAGCCGUCAGAGUUGCGCGGCUGUAGGCGCGGAUCGCUGGCGCAGCGCGUAAUGAGGAAGCAGAUUCUCCUGGCCAUUGUCGCUCCGUCUGUCGCCCGCGCCGGUCGCUCCGGUCGCUCCAGUCGCUCCGGGACUCCGGGGCUGAGGCGGCCCCAUGGCGCACCGCCGCGUCUGGAACUCCCUCGUGCGGCGCAACAAGAAGGCGUCCGGCUCGCACUCGCCCGUGAUGCGGCGAGUGACGACGGCCGAGCACGCCCGCCGCCUCUCCGCGCACCGCCACACGCUGGAGGCGGACUGCCCCUCGCUGCUGGAGGCGGACUGCCCCCCGCGCGGACCCAGCCGGCCAGGUGAGUUGAAGUCCUUGUCUCUGCCCAGAGCCUUUGCGCUGGAGUCCGCCUGUCCCAGAGCCCACGACACGUCCUACGAGAAGGCCUGCAGGAGGGGCAGUGCCCCCGCCACUCCGGUGCUGGGGUCCCGCGCGCUCGAGCUGACUCCUUCCCGCAUCGUGAAUUUCUUCUCCAAGAGAUCGUUCCGGUCCAAUCCACUCAAACGUACUAAAAGUGUGACGAAGCUGGAAAGGAAACGGAUAGUUGAUAAUGAUGGGCUGCGCACGUCGCGCUCGCACGAGUCGCUGCUGGCGGGCCAGAGCGUGAUGCAGACGCUGGACCUGGGCGCCGGCAGCGUGGACAUCAAGCCCCUGCACCCCUCCGUGCUGGGGCGAGACCACUGCUUCCAGGUGACUCUGCCCUCGGGCAGCCCGCGCUACUUCUCCUGCCGCUCCACGGACGAGCGCGACAAGUGGGUGCACAGCUUACGGAAGUCCGUGCAGCCGGAUCAGGAACACGUCAGGCGGACGGACAACUCUCUCAAGAUCUGGAUCGUGGAGGCCAAAGGAAUCCAAAAUAAGAAGAGAUAUUUUUGUGAACUGUGCCUGGAUAAAACGCUGUACGCCAGAACGUCUUCGAAGCAAAAGGGCGACAUGUGUUUCUGGGGCGAACACUUUGAUUUCCACAACUUGCCAGCCGUCAACGUGAUCAACGUGAACCUGUACAGGGAAGCCGAUCGCAAAAAGAAGCGAGACAAAAACGUACUAGUUGGCAGCGUGAGCAUCCCGGUGCACGAAGUGAUGUCGCGGGACCUCAUCAACAAGUGGUACCCCGUGCUGUCGGACAAGAUGGUGCCCAAGGAGCCGCCCGCCCUCCGCGUGAAGUGUCGCUUCCAGUCCGUGGACAUCUUGCCGGUGCAGGUCUACCAGGAGUUCCUGCAGUUCCUGAAGACGGAGUACCGGGCGCUGUGCGAGGUGCUGGAGCCCGUGAUCGGAGUCAAGGCCAAGGAGGACAUCGCCACUGCGCUCGUGCACAUCAUGCAGAAGGAGGGCAUGGCCAAGCAGUUCGUGGCCGAUCUGGUCAUGAUGGACAUUGUCCGCAUCGACGACGAGCGGCUCACGUUCCGGGGCAACUCGCUGGCCACCAAGGCCAUGGAGGCGUACCUGAAGCUGACGGGCGACCGCUACCUGCAGGAGACGCUCGGGGAGCUGGUGGCCUCCGUGCUGGCGGACGGCCAGGACUGCGAGGUGGACCCCCUGAAGGUGGCGAGCACGGCCGCGCUGCUCCGCCAGCAGCAGAACCUGCGCCGCGCCGUGGAGCUGGCCUGGUCGCGCGUGCUGGCCUCGCACGCCUCCUUCCCCACGGAACUGCGGGAGUGCUUCCACACGCUGAAGGAGAGGCUGGCCUCGAUGGGGCGCGAGGACGUCAGCGACAACCUCAUCUCGGCGUCCAUCUUCCUGAGGUUCCUGUGUCCGGCCAUUCUGUCGCCGAGUCUCUUCAACAUCACCCACGAGUACCCCAACGAGAAGGUGGCUCGCAACCUGACGCUGGUGGCCAAGACGCUGCAGACGCUGGCCAACUUCACCCGCUUCCAGGGCAAGGAGAACUUCAUGGAGUUCAUGAACGACUUCCUGGAGAGAGAGGCUCCUCUCAUGAAGAACUUUCUGCACAUGAUUUCGACGAAGGGCGGCGGGCAGGAGCAGUGCCUGGGGUUCGACGGCUACAUCGACCUGGGCAAGCAGCUGAGCAUCCUGGCCGCGCUGCUGCACGAGUGCCUGGGCAAGGGGGGGCGCGGCGACGCGGUGGACCGACUGCGCAGGGUGCUGGACCGAGUGAGGCUGGCCCUCGCCCAGCCCCCGGGCCUGCUGCGCCAGCACAGCACGCCGGUGGCCGAGCCCCCCGCCUACCUCUCCCUGCAGAGCAACAUCUUCAGGUUCAACGACCCGACUGUCUACCACAGCGGGACGGCGUCUCCUCAGUUCCUGAACAGCAGCAACAACUCCCCGCUCCAGAUGAGCAUGUCGAUGAUCAGUGCUCCGUCGCCCUCCAUGCACGGCACCGGGACGAUGAGCAGUUCCGUCCACGCGGGCAGCAACGGGGCUGCCAGGUCUCCCGUGGUCCACCGGGCGUCCACGCUGCCCCGCAACGCCUUCCUGCCCAAGCUGCAGCUGUCGACGGUGGACAGCUUCUGCGACCCGGGCGAGGGCCCCCCGCGCGGAGUCUACUGCCAUCCCCCCAGGACCGGCCGGUCCACCUCCGUCGCCAACGGCCUCAACGAAAACCUCGCGCCGGCCGACGCCAACCUGGACGAGCUCUCCGACCUCAUCCGGUACGCGGACGACGAAAUACUCUCGGACCACAACGCGAACAAGGGAAGCCAGAUCUCCAUCUCCCAGCUGUCGAACGUGGCGUCGUCCGGAUACCAAAGUUUCGCGUACAGCCAGAGUUCGAGCCCGGUGGACCUCACCAUCACGAACAACAACAACAACAACAACAACAACAACAACAACCCUCCCUCGAACGCGGGGGUGAUCUCGAACGCCGUGCCGGCGAUGAACUCGGCUCCCCUGGCCUUCACCAACCCGGUGUACCACAUGGAGGUGACGACGUCUUCGCCGGUGAACGGGCACCUCGCGGUGAGGCGCGCCAGGCGGCGGCCGUCCUGCAGCUCGUCGUCGGACGAGCACUGCGACGGGGAGGGAGUGGGGGGCGCGGACCUGUCACCCUCACCGUCCACCCCCACUCCGCCCGGCGGGAGGCGCUUCUCGCAGGGCAGGCGGGCGCCCCGCACCAACCCGCAGUGCUCGCUGCAGUCCCGCUGGGGGGCGGCCGGCAGCCCCCAGGCCCGCCUCGCCCACGCCGCCGAUCAAGGGAUUGGGAUUUGCUGCUCGAAACUGAGACGUCGUUUGUCCCUGGACUCAACGCGAGACCUGUCAGAUUCCUCGGACGACAGCAGCUGCCAAAGUCGCCGCACGAAGCACAGGUCGAGGAAAGUAAUCGAACAGCUGGAGCGACAGAUAGAGCUGCUGAAACUGAAGCUGGAGCAGUCGGAGCACUCCAGGAACUCGGAUCUCGACAGCAACGACUCGGAGCUGGGGCACACGGACAAGAUGAAGGGAAUCAUUUCAAGGUUGGUAGCGGUGGAGGAGGAGCUGCGCCGGGAGCAGCAGAAGACGUCGGAGGCGCUGGCGCACAAGCAGCGCGUCAUCGAGGCCCAGGAGCACCGGAUCGCGGCGCUGGACGCGGCCAACAGCCGGCUGGUCGCCGCGCUCAGCGCGCUCAAGCAGCGCUACUCGCAGCAGCAGGGCAGGCACGGCCCCCGGCGGCUGCUGGCGGAGCUGGGCGACCUCAAGAGCUCCUCCUGCUAGCGGCUGCGUCAUCCAGUAUUGUUACAUACCAGAACACUCACAAUCAUCAUGUUAGUAGUAAGCCACAAAUUAAAUGUUAAGAAACUUAGUAGUACCUGUUACUUUGUAGGCAACGAGCAACAUGUUUUCUCAGUUAUUAUUUCUCAUAAAUAUUGUCCGACAAACAGAUACGGCGUUUUUCUCAGUGUCAUCACAUAAAAUAGCACAUGUUCAGUUAUUAUAAAGUAUCUGCAUAUGUUGAUUAAUAGUGCUGAGAGCUUUAACAUUGACAUUUGUGUUGUGUUAAAAUUAUGUAUUUCUGAAUGCUUGGAGUCCCUGUAAAUGUAAUCACAUCGUGCUUCACAGUAUUAUAGUAAGCAUCACAGAACAUGGUGGCCACACUUGCAAGUUGUGCUCUGAAAAAGCGAGUGCACAUUAUUUAUAAGAGAACGGGUAGACAUUAAGAUUUUGAAUUGUUUAAUUUAAUAUGCAAUUGCAGGACUUCAUUUAUGUUCACUAUAUUAACAUGGUAAAAUAUUGGCAAGCAAUUUUGUUCAAGUAGGGUAGUGUAUAAUCUAUUUUGCUUUCAUACUUAAAAUAAAUGCUGUGCAUAACAGAACACACAUUUUAAGAAACUCAUGACAUUACACAGUUUUUCUUUCUCCUUCCAAAAGAGAAUAUUUUGACUAUGAAAUAAAAUGUGUUUGAAUAGAGAAAUAUAGAUAUAAUAUUGAUACUGUACGGACACAUUACUCCUGUACCUUUAUUACCACAUACAUUGACAUGAUUGAUUAUACUACAUAUAUACUGUAUAAAUGUGCUGUGGUUUUUUACAGGUAUGAUAGCCCAUAUUUAUGCAAGUGUAGGUAUAUUUAACUACCUAAUUUUCAGUAUUUAAUUUUUGUAUUUUUCUCAUGUAUUUUUUAUUUCUUAGUUAAGACAGUUUACAUAUUUGAUAUUGCAUUGUGUUCUUACAACCAUGUUGUAAUGGUUAUAUACCAUUGUAAGUUGCAUUAUGCUGAAAUUUACCAAAGAUUUUUCAGUUUAUUUUCUUAGUGUUGUACAAAUGUGAUAAACUAUUUGGAAUGUAGAUAGUGAUCAUAUGUAACCCAGCAUAUGUGUGAACGUAUUUAUAAUUAAUGCUUAUUUCAGAAGUUUAUGACUGGUCGCACAAGUUGUAAAGUUCAGAAAUAGAAAACAAAAAGUUUUGUUGAUCAUUGCCAGACCAGCAUUUUUAUUCAUAACAUAAAGUGUAUGUAUUUUUGUUGUAUUCAUGUGUUUGAAAAUAUACUUUCGUUUCAUACUA